GCUCCCCUUUCCCGCACACUGUUCCCGUGGCUCCGCCCGGCCCGGAGCGGAGCGGGACGCGCUCCCCCCGCACAGCCGUUCCCGUGCCUCCGCCCGGCACAGAGCGGGGGGCGCCGCUCCCGCACACGCGUGGCGGUGACUCCGCCCGCACAGAGCGGGACGCGCUCCUCCCUCCCCUCUCCCUCUCCCGCACACGCGGUGCGGCGGCUCCGCCUCCCGCACACUCGGCGCGGCCGCUGUCACCUGCGCGGCCCCUCCCGCGCCUGCGCGCUGCCCGCCCCGCCCGCCACCGGGGAGGCGGUGGCACCGGCUCCGGAGGAGAAGAAGAAGAAGAAGAGUAAGAAGGAGAAGGGCCGGGCUCCCCGGGUGCGGAGGUUGCAAAGGUGAUACGAUCCCCUCUUCUGUUGCUGCGCUCAGUGUUCCAUGCUUCCACCUGAUCUGAGGAACUAACACUCUCCCCUUUGGAAAGGACCUAAAAUGCAUGUUAUGAAUUGUCUCUCCUUGGUCAACGAUAAAGAAAAUGGUGCUAUUCCGGUUGCAACAGGAUUAAUGAACGAGGAUACAACGGCAGCAUCUCAACUUCCUCAGACUGCAUCGCCCCCGUCCCCUCCACCAUGCCCUCUCACAGGGGCACCCUCAGCCCCUCCGCUCCCCGCGGGGAUGCCACCCCCACCACCUCCACCUCCACCGCUGCCUGGGCCAAGCAUACCUCUGCCCCCGCAACUGAUAAAUGGGCACGACAACCACAGCAAAAAAAAAAGAAUACGGAGGUUUUCCUGGAAAACUAUCCCCGAAGAACAAGUCCGCGGCAAAAACAAUAUCUGGACAAUUGCUGCAAGACCUCAGUAUCAGAUUGACACAAAGACUAUUGAGGAACUUUUUGGGCAGCAGGAAGAAACCGAGCCUCAGGACCCCAGACGUCGAUCUUUAAAGUCCUCAUUCAGAGAGAAUAAAGAUGAGAUUUCCAUUUUGGAUGCAAAAAGGAGUAUGAACAUUGCGAUAUUUCUCAAACAAUUCAAAAAGUCUGCUGAAUCAAUCGUUGAAGAUAUUUAUCAUGGAAGAAGUGAACCCUAUGGUUCUGAACUGCUGCAUGAAUUUCUUAAAUUAUUACCAGAAGCAGAGGAGGUAAAGAAAUUAAAAGCCUUUGAUGGAGAUGUAUCAAAACUGUCUCAAGCCGAUUCCUUCAUGUAUUUACUAAUCCAGGUGCCAAAUUAUGCUCUUAGGAUUGAAGCUAUGGUGCUAGAGAGAGAAUUCUCACCCUCCUGUGCUUCUCUACAGAAUGACAUGAAAAUUAUAAGACGGGCAACAAAAGAAUUAAUGACAUGUGAAGAGCUGCAUUCCAUAUUGCACUUGGUCCUUCAGGCUGGGAAUAUUAUGAAUGCGGGAGGUUUUGCGGGCAAUGCUGUUGGAUUUAAACUGUCGUCACUGCUCGAGCUGGCGGACACGAAAGCAAACAAACCUGGAAUGAGUCUGCUGCAUUUUGUUGCUCUGGAAGCCCACAAGAAAGAUCCUGCUCUUCUCAACUUCUCAGAAAAAAUUAGGAGUGUUCAUGAGGCCGCCAGGGUAUCCAUUGAUAAUAUGGAAGCAGAGCUCCACUCGCUGUCAUUGAAGGCAAGAUCUGUUAAAGACGGCGUUCAGCGAGACCCAAAACUCUUUCACCAGAUUGAAAGCUUUCUCCAGUUUGCUGUAAGUCAUCUAAAGGAGCUUGAACACCAGAAACGAGAGUUGCAAAAGGACGGAAAUGCUCUCAUUGAUUUUUUCUGUGAAGACAAAGAAACCAUGAAGUUGGAUGAAUGUUUCCAGAUAUUUAGGGACUUCUGCAUAAGAUUCAACAAAGCUGUUAAGGAAAAUAGGGAACGAGAGAUCCAGGAACUUCAUAGUCUGCAAAGGCAAAAGGAGCUGAAGGAGAAACGUCAGUCCUGGGCAGCUGGAGAGCUUGGGAGCUUUGGGCGGAGCAGCAGUGAAAAUGAUGUAGAGAUGUUGGCCAAAAAAGGACUUGAAGAAUUUCUUCCCUUCUUGCAGCAGAGACCUCAAAGCCCUUCAUACAGAAACCCUAAUUCCAGACGCUCUCGACACUGCCUGGGGGUUACUGCAGACAGGGAGUUACAGAGUUUCCUGGAAAUCCACAAAGAUGAAGAUCCAAACAAGUUUAACAGCCUUCCCCGUGCAAUCACUCGACAAGCAAGACCUAACGUAGCCUGGACUGAAUCCAAAGAAACGGGAGAUCUCAACUUAAAUACUUUGCACUUACACCAACAGUCUGAAACCAAAGUGAAAAGUAGUGGCCUACUGCAGGUGCCUCCAGCUCAGUCCAGUCACUUGGGUGGCUCAUCCAGUCCUGGUGCCCAUUACUCACAGAGAAGCACCGACUACAGCAUGCACACUUCCAAUGUGUCCUGUGAGGAGUCCUCAGAUAUAAAUGCUCUGGCCCUUGCAAUUGAGGAGCACGAACUUGUUAAAGGAUUACGUAAGUUUGAUAUUCAAGGAGCAAAGCCUGCAGAGGAUACACCUUUAAUAUAUUUAGAGGACACUGGUGGAACAGAUUUGGAGACUCUAGACGAUCUAAGCUUUCAUUCCAUUAGCACUGCUGAUGAUGACCUGCCUGCAGUGUGCAGAAGUUCCAGAGAGUCCCACGACCAUAAAGCCAAGGCAGUGGGCUGCAAGAGUGAAGCUUCAGAGCCCAGCAGCAGCAGCCCCAUGUCUAUGGAUACAAGUGUUUCAGGAAGUAGGGAAGACGGGCCAGUGUUCUACGUGUCAGAUACAACGACUGAUUGUUCUUUGACAUUGGACUCUGAAGAGGGGAACUAUUUUAAAUCAACAGGCAAUGAAAUAAGAAGUGAGGCUGGCAAAGCGUGCUCUUCUGGGAGUGAUGCUCAAUACAGGGCUAGAACGUUCUUUUCAGGCCUGGAUUCUGCUGCUGCCAAGGAUCUGUCUCUUCACACUUCUAGAAAUGAUAAACAUGAUGCCAAUAGCAAGCACACCCAUCCUAAAGAAAAGCCCAUAAAAAGCAAAGACUCGGCAGGACCAAAGAGAAGCUCUCUAAAUGAUAGAUCUCCAAGUUCCUCAAAAUCCAGCAGUACUCGCCCGAGCCACACAGCUCCUUCCAGAACUGUAAGAACUUUGAAUGCCUCUGAGAAUGAAAGUAUGAGGAAAGUGGUGCCUAUUUCUCGGUCAAACAGAGCAGUGAGCAGCAUGAAAAAGACAGAAGCCAAGCCAGCACUUCGUGAAACUGGUACAGUGGAAAGUCGACUGUCUCAUCGCAGCUCUGUCCGAGGCACAACAGACACACUGCCAAGAAGUCCUUACAGGCAUAGCAUGUCAGUAGAAGAGCCAAAGCUGCAAAGGGGCACUUUCAGCUCAAGUAGUGCUCAUUUUGAGAGGGACAGAGUCUCUUUGAAGAAGCCAAGCUCUAAACCUGCUAGAAGUAACGUCAGAUCAAAGAUGGAUGACAUGAAGAUGUGCCGCUCCAGUGUAAAACCCCAGACCCCUACAGAUGACACCAAAGUUGCCACAGUCAGUGUUCCCAAACCACCAUCUACUGUCCCAAGCUUUGCAAGGAAUACAGUGGCUUCUUCUUCAAAGCGUGCAAAAGUGGAUCUGUCGAGCUCAUCCAAACCUCCAACCAUCACAAGGUCUGUGUCCCAGAGGCUGCCUAAAGCAAAGCCGGCAGUGGCCUCUGAUGAUCUGAAUCCAAAGGAGAACAGUGUGAGUACCUUAACAAGGGCAAAUAGUGCCCGAGUGGUCAGAAGAAACAUCCUGCAGGGAGAAGCUGUGAGCACUGAAGUGGAGCCUGCACCAAAGGAGCAGGGAGCGGUGGAAAAGUCCUCUCUUAAACUGAAAGAUGCAAACCGGACCACAAUUGGUAAAAUACUGAAGCCAUUACUGAAAUAAGGGAGAGGAUUUUUUCAGUCUUGGAAUGUGAACACUUGUGGAAGCACUGGAUGUGUGUCGUGAAAUUCCUUAAAACAGUAACAUUGCUGAUAAGCAGCAUCACGUGCUUGUUGAAGUACAGCAUGCUGCUGGAAAAUGGCAAGUAGCUGUGUUCUGGGCUAAAUUCUUUUUUAUGAAUUUGAAUGUAUUUGAAGCUACUGUGAUAGAACACGAGCAUAACAGCAAAUCUUCGUGUAUUUAUGAUACAGAAGGUCACCAAAAGCCAAAAACUUUUAAGAAGUUAAACUAUACGGUGAAAUGCUUUGUGACAGAAAACAUGGAUAAAGGCCAGUUUUUGUGUAGAUAAGAUUAUUCAUAAGACUCAAGCCUUUGUGCUGGUUGGUUCCUUAUUCGAUGUCAAAGUAAAUCCUGUGGAACAGUACCGAAAACGAACUUAGGUGAUUGUGCUUUCCCUUGCUUUCAAUUCCUUGGAUUCAGGGACUCUCUUUGCCUGUUGUGAAGUCCAUUGCUGGCAAUUGGACAGACUGGGAACUGCUGGCCAAAAAAUAUUAAAAUAUGGGAUAUUUGCUGUUCGUGGCUGUCUUUAACCUCACUGAAGAAUUUAUAGCAUGUUUUAUGAAUGUGUAUGUGUGUCUGGAAAAGGCUUUCUGCUGGACAGGUGGCUUAUUCUCCAAGAAUGUGGCAGCAUUAUCUUGCAUGCACAAGUAGAUACGGCUGGUGCUGCAUCGAGUAGCACAGCUGGAGGCUGUGUCUGUUGGAAGUCCCACCACGUAACCAUUAGGAUGAUGACUACUCCUAAUCUGACUUGUUUUGCUCAUAAGCAAACUUGCCAGCUUUUGGUCAUACAAAAGUGCCAUAUAUUUAUGAUACAUAUCAAGGAUGUUUGCAGUUCUGCUCCUGAAGGCUGCGAUGUAGUGCCGAGCACUUUCUUACCAUUCCAUGUUUCCACUGGUUUAUCUACUACCAAGUUACUUGAAUGUUGCAAUGGCUCUGAUUGAGCCAUUAGUUUCCUUGCCUCCUCCUACUCUCCCUCUCCUUGUCAACAUGAAUAUUUAGCAUGAAACACAGAGCUUACGCAUGACAAUGUUUUUGUAGACUUCUUUGGUUGCUUCAAGUGUGGUUUGUAAUGUUUAAAGACUUUAAAGGAUGAAUUAAACUAGUAUUUGAUAAGCUUUUUACAAAAUAAAAACACCUUUUUUUUUUUUUUUCCUGCAGAUACAAAUUUUAACUCCUGUCAGACUAAUGUACAGAGAAUCAGGGAAAACAUGUUCAGCAUGCUGUGCGUCUUCCCUAGAGAAAUAUAUGUAGGUGGGGAAACUCAUCACUGUUCUCCUAAGCAUCUUAUUUAAAGAAUUGCCUUUUUAUUCACUUAUGAAUGAAGCCUCAUUUAAGAAUAAAUUAAAAAAUAAAAUAAAAAUCUCUUCAGACAAGCAGCAUUGACUUACAAGUGGCAGAGCAGUUUGUCUGCUCUAUCCUUCAGUGCUGGGAGUGCAUAGCUUGGAGAGAAUGAGCCAUUUAAUUGCUCACGUACUUCUCAUGGGCUAGCAUCAGGGCUGGCUAGCUUUGUGUUUUCAAGGGGCCUUUAGCUCUUCCCACCUACCAGCAAGUCUUGAUGCAGGCAGCAUACCCAAACACCAGAAAGUAUUACAUAGGACUUCUUGUUUGAGUCUGUCCCACGGGGAGAAUUUAUAUAGCCCGCUUUUCAGCAUGGGUGAAUUUUUGCUUGAAACCCUAUAAGCUUUUUUGGAUACUGCCUUCCUUAUGGGUUAGAUACAAAAGCAUCUCCCUUCUUUUUUUGUAUCUGUGUGUAUGUAUGAGCUUCUGCAAGAGCAGAGGAUUGACUUUUUUCUUUUUUUGAAAGAAAACAACAAAUUUUAUUGGUAGCAAGCUUGAAAAAAAUUUAAAUGUGUUUGGAAUAUGUAGGAAAAAAGCUUGGAAAAAUCUAAAUGUGUUUGGAGUAUGUAAAUAAAUUUCUAUAAAUCUGUGUAAAAGAAAACUGAAUAUUUAAUGGAACAUUUAUACAUUUCGGAGUAACUCGGUAGUUUAAUAAA